AUGGACUCAGAUCUCUCGCUCUUCGAAUUCGCAGCCGAAGAUGAUUCCCUUCUCCAACAACCCCUUAACCCCAAUGCAAUCGAAACCCACUCCAUCCAUCAUCACACUCCUACUUCUCCCGUUUUCAUUUGCUCUCCUCUCCAAAUCCCCACUUCCAAUCCCAUUUCUACAGACGGUAUUGAAGAAGAUACGAGUCGUUCUUCAUUGUGUAGCGAUAGUACUGUAAAUAAAGAGAACAAAGAAGAAGGAAUGGAACCGAAACAAAUCAAAAGGAAGGGAAAAGGAAGUGGUUACAAUUUACGCAAGAGCUUAGCUUGGGAUAGUGCUUUCUUUACUGAAGAAGGUGUUCUUAAUCCUGUGGAGUUAUCUUUGUUAACAAUCCGGGAAGAAGACACAAGCUCCGCGAGUGGUGCUGCUUCAUCCAAUCUUAGGGACAUUGAUGAAAAUUUGUUCACGGAAUUGCCUGCCACUGCUUCGGGAAAAUAUAGGAAAAAUGGUGGCAGUAGCUUGGUGCCGAAGAAUAAUUCACCGGUUAGAAAAAAUGGUGCUCCUUCUUCGGUGGCUAAACGGAAGGUGGUUUCAGCCCAUGAUGUCAUUAGAAGUUCUUCAAAACGAACUGAUUGUCCUGGACCUGUGGCUUCAUCUUCAUAUCCUUUACAAUAUAGGCCUGCGAGUUUGAUUACAACAAAAACAUCAUCAAAGGAUUCAAAAGUUUCUAAGUUACCAGCUCCAAAGAUAAAUCCUCGUGCGUCCAUUAAGACAUCCAAGAUUUCUACACUUGGUGCAAGCGAGUCGAAACGGAAUCAGACAACUUUGCCAGUAGUAAAUAUUCAAAAACCUUCUGUACUCAAGGGCUCCUCAAGCAAUACAAAGAGCAGGAGUGCAUUAAACAGUCCAAAAGUUGGUCCUGCAGGAAAAUCAAUAACUACUAAGACCUCUCUUGGACAAGCUAAAAGAAAUGUGGCUAGCUCAGUAAAGGGUUCUAUAAAUUUACAACAUCCUUUGAAAAUUGAAGUGAACAAUGCUUUAGAUGUGAGCUUCCAUACUUCACUUCCUCCUGCUGUUCUUGUAUCAAAUAGUCAUACUAGAGGACCCAGAACUGCAAACACUCUCCCCAAAAAUACUUACCAUACUGGUCUUAACAAGCAACCUACUCAACUCCCAACAGCACCAAAACCAUCAGGUUUGCGGAAGCCAUCUCCAUCUCUUGGAUUCUUUGUUCAGGUAUAG